AUGAGUUUACAGAAUCCAGUUCCUCCAGAGCAGGACAGUCCGAUAAUUUCUGUGGAAUUGGAACGUGGCGUUCGUGGAUUUGGUUUCUCUAUUCGAGGUGGACAAGAGUUUGGUGCCAUGCCAUUGUUUGUACUUCGAAUCGCCGAAGAUGGUCCAGCAGCGAUCGAUGGCCGAUUAAGG